AGGAAUUUUGCUGCACGCUGAACGACUUGGGACAGACUCUCGCCAUAUCUCUUGUUUACCCAGGUGCCAUUGAAUGCGGGCCCUAUGACAUCAUAUCGCUUUUCUCUCACCUGUUCCUGUACCGGAAUACAGAGCGUUGUCGAAUUAAACAUCACAGUCUAUCUACAAAUGAAGUCUGCAAAAUCAUGAUGGAAGACGAAGACGACUUGCCGCCGCUUCUGGUCGAUGCCAAUGGAGAAGCAACCUCACCUGACCAUGCAGCUAGUCUCGACGGCAGGUCAGCUCGCGUGCCCAUCACGAUUAUCACUGGAUACCUCGGAGCCGGUAAAACAACUUUGAUGAAUUACAUCUUGACUGCUCGUCACGGAAAGAAGAUUGCUGUGAUUCUCAAUGAGUUCGGUAAUAGUAGCGAUAUUGAGAAAUCUCUGACGGUCAACGAUGGCGAUCAGCAAGUCGAGGAAUGGCUUGAAUUGGCCAACGGUUGUAUCUGCUGUUCUGUCAAAGACUCUGGAGUGAACGCGAUUGAGUCUCUCAUGGAACGACGAGGGGCGUUUGAUUACAUCCUCCUCGAGACGACAGGCCUGGCCGACCCUGGAAAUAUCGCACCGCUGUUCUGGGUGGACGAGGGCCUCGGAAGCACAAUCUACCUUGACGGCAUUGUGACGCUCGUAGACGCCAAGAAUAUUCUUAGAUGUCUGGACGAACCCGCAGGCGAGGAAGCAGUAACCUUGGAGGGGUCGACACAUGAUCAUCAAGGAGCGCUUCUGUCGACGGCACAUUUACAGAUUUCUCAUGCGGAUGUGCUAGUAGUCAACAAAGCUGAUCUAGUCACGACUGAAGAGCUCGCUGCCGUACAGCAACGGGUACGCUCAAUCAACACGCUUGCACAGAUGCGAGUCACGCAGAACAGUCAGAUCCCGCAACUGGAAGGCUUGGUGUUGGAUUUGCAUGCGUACGACCAUGUUGACGCGGAGAAUCUGGAGUUCGCGAGCAAAGGUCACAGUCACUUGGAUCCGAGCAUUGCGACUAUCGCUCUGAGCGUACCACUUCUGGCGAACGAUGCCAUCACUGACAUCGAUGCCUGGCUGCGAGCUUUAUUGUGGGACAAUCGAUUACUGGGCAGAGAAGACGUGGCCGCUACCUGGGACAUUCACAGAAUCAAAGGACGCGUGUGUUUCGAAGACGGGAGAAUCAAGAUGCUACAAGGCGUGAGAGAGAUCUUCGAUCUCAUUGAUGCACCACCUGGCAAGGAUAUUGUCUCAGGGCCAUUCGAGGAUGUUGGGAAGAUUGUCAUCAUCGGGCGUAAUCUUGGCGAUCGACGGAUCACCGAUGCGUUCUCGGAAAGUCUCUUCGCCACUGUCACGCACAAAUCAUCGGCGAAGGUUUCAUGA